AGAGAGGAGUGAGAGUGAGAUUGAGAAUCAGCUGAAGCCAAAUCGAGAAGAUGAGGAUCUCGAUUUCGAGUGUAGUUUCAUCGACGACGAGUAGAAUUGUUCAUCGGAAUCUUCAGGGGAAAGGUAAUCCUCGAAUUGCUCCUUCUUCCAUUGAUCUUUGCGGGAUGUGUUACUGGGGACGAGCUUUUUCUAGUGGCAGUGGUGAUUACAGAGAGAUAUUGAGAAAUGGGUUACAUGAUAUGAAGUUAGAUGAUGCAAUUGGUUUGUUCGGUGGCAUGGUCAAGUCUCGUCCUUUACCUUCCAUUGUUGAGUUCAAUAAACUGUUGAGUGCCAUUGCUAAGAUGAAAAAGUUUGAUGUUGUCAUCUCUCUAGGUGAGAAGAUGCAGAGGUUAGAAAUUGUACAUGGUCUAUAUACUUACAAUAUUUUGAUCAACUGUUUCUGCCGACGCUCUCAAAUCUCUCUUGCUUUAGCUCUUCUUGGCAAGAUGAUGAAACUCGGCUAUGAGCCCAGCAUUGUCACGCUUUCUUCUCUUCUCAAUGGAUACUGUCACGGUAAGAGGAUUUCAGAUGCUGUAGCUUUGGUUGAUCAAAUGGUGGAAAUGGGGUAUAGACCUGACACAAUCACAUUUACAACUUUGAUUCAUGGGCUUUUUCUCCACAACAAAGCUUCUGAAGCUGUGGCGUUAGUUGAUCGAAUGGUUCAAAGAGGCUGUCAACCAAAUCUGGUUACUUAUGGAGUGGUAGUAAAUGGAUUAUGUAAGAGAGGUGAUACUGAUUUGGCUUUAAAUCUGCUCAACAAGAUGGAAGCUGCGAAAAUAGAGGCGGAUGUUGUUAUCUUCAACACAAUCAUUGAUAGUCUCUGCAAAUAUAGACAUGUGGAUGAUGCGCUCAACCUAUUCAAAGAAAUGGAAACCAAAGGAAUUAGACCAAAUGUUGUUACCUACAGCUCCCUCAUAAGUUGCCUUUGUAGUUAUGGAAGAUGGAGUGAUGCCUCUCAACUACUGAGUGAUAUGAUUGAGAAGAAAAUCAACCCUAAUUUAGUCACGUUCAAUGCAUUGAUCGAUGCGUUUGUGAAAGAAGGAAAGUUUGUAGAGGCUGAGAAAUUGUACGAUGACAUGAUCAAAAGGUCUAUAGAUCCUGAUAUUUUCACUUACAAUUCAUUGGUCAACGGGUUCUGUAUGCAUGAUCGUCUAGACAAGGCCAAGCAGAUGUUUGAGUUCAUGGUUAGCAAGGACUGUUUCCCAGAUGUAGUUACAUAUAAUACUCUCAUAAAGGGAUUUUGCAAGUCUAAGAGAGUAGAAGAUGGUACGGAACUCUUCCGCGAGAUGUCUCAUAGAGGAUUGGUUGGCGAUACAGUCACUUACACCACUCUUAUCCAAGGGCUUUUUCAUGAUGGCGACUGUGAUAAUGCCCAAAAGGUUUUCAAACAGAUGGUUUCUGAUGGUGUACCUCCUGAUAUAAUGACAUACAGCAUUUUGUUAGAUGGACUCUGUAAUAACGGGAAGCUAGAGAAAGCAUUGGAGGUUUUCGACUAUAUGCAAAAGAGUGAGAUAAAACUUGAUAUUUACAUAUAUACUACUAUGAUUGAAGGGAUGUGCAAGGCUGGGAAGGUGGAUGAUGGGUGGGAUCUAUUUUGUAGCCUCAGCCUUAAAGGAGUGAAGCCUAAUGUUGUAACCUACAAUACCAUGAUCUCAGGCUUGUGUAGUAAACGCCUAUUACAGGAAGCUUAUGCCUUGCUAAAAAAAAUGAAAGAAGACGGGCCUCUUCCAAAUAGUGGUACAUAUAAUACACUUAUCAGGGCACAUCUGAGAGAUGGUGACAAAGCAGCAUCAGCUGAACUCAUCAGAGAAAUGAGGAGUUGCAGGUUUGUUGGAGAUGCUUCAACCAUUGGCUUGGUCGCUAAUAUGUUGCAUGAUGGGAGAUUAGACAAAAGCUUCCUCGAUAUGCUUUCUUAAAACACUUGCAUCAUCCUUGAGGGUAAAAGCUGUUACAGAAGUUGAUGCAAUCACUUGUUGUCUUGUUGAGACAAGAAUAGCCUUCAAAGACAAGAAGCUCGCUCCUAUCAUGAACAUUUCAGACUUCAAGUAAUGUUGUUACAUGUAAGUUUCCAACAUUUCAGAGACCUUAAGUGAUGUUUACAAUACAAUAUGCAUUAUUUCGCAUGUAAUAAACCCACAUACCCUCAUUUCAGAGACUUCAAGUGAUGUUUUUC